AUGGACGUCGCCAACCUUGAAGCCGCCAUGGAGCGGAUCACUGUGACGGAUGAGAAUGAUGAACAGAUCUCAUCUACGACUACAUAUCACAAGACAAAGCCGUCGCUUGCAACCAAUGUAUCGGUAGCAGGCCUCUCUUCCUCACAAUCAGCCGCCAACCGCAUGAAAUUACCCCAUCAAAUACCAUUACAGAAGCUGGCCACACAGAAUGCAAGCAAAGGCGCCAACGUCAAAGUCGCCGUCACCGCUACCGCCAGUCGAAGCUCAGAACAGAACCCGUCGCACCGUCGCACACUUACUGAGUCGGCCAUCUACACUACACCUGCUGCACCCAAGCAAUGGCAUCUCGGCAUGUUCGAGAUAGGAAAGCCCCUUGGAAAGGGCAAGUUUGGUCGUGUGUACCUUGCCAAGGAGAAGUCGUCUGGUUUUGUCUGUGCCCUUAAAGUGCUGCACAAGUCGGAGCUUCAGCAAGGCAAGGUCGAGAAGCAGGUUCGAAGAGAGAUUGAGAUUCAAUCGCACCUGACCCACCCCAACAUCCUUAAACUAUUUGGUCACUUCCACGACGCAAAGCGCAUCUUCCUCAUUCUCGAAUUCGCCGGCAAGGGUGAAUUGUACAAGCAUCUCCGCCGCGAGCAACGGUUCGCGGAACCGAAGGCAGCCCAAUACGUCGCUCAGAUGGCUGCAGCCCUCAAGUACCUCCACAAGAAGCACGUCAUGCACCGCGACAUCAAGCCGGAGAACAUCCUCAUGGGCAUCCACGGCGAGAUCAAAAUUUCGGAUUUCGGAUGGUCUGUCCACGCACCCAACAACCGAAGAAACACCAUGUGUGGAACUCUCGACUACCUGCCCCCAGAGAUGUUGAGGGGUGGCGGUAAGGACAACUUUUACUCUGAAAAGGUCGACCUGUGGAGUUUGGGCGUUUUGACAUACGAGUUCUUGGUGGGCGAGGCGCCCUUUGAGGACACGCAGGUCAUGACACAACGGAAAAUUGCCAGAGGAGACUACACAGUGCCCAACUUUGUGAGCCCAGAGGCUAGGGACCUGAUCAAGAGGUUACUUGUAUUGGACCCAGAAAAGCGCAUCGCUCUCGAAGAUGUGGAAUGCCAUCCGUGGAUUGUAAAGCACUGCAAAGGCAGCGAGCGAGCCUUCGACCGUGCCAGUGGAGGCAAAUUCCGCGCUAGCUCCGAGUCGGAUGAAACCUACUAG